UUCUAUAUAAAUUUAUACAAUUUUGCUCUGUCAGAUCGUAGAAAAAAAACCGAUAAUAGCAAUAUAAUUACAACUUGGAGCGUGCGUGGAAAGUUACAAUUAUGAUAAGAUAUUUAUUUUGUAAUAACAAAUCUGUACGACAUAUCAUCUGUCAAGGUCGCGUGAAAGUCGGCAAAUGAAGUAGUAUAAAAGCCGAUUAUGAGAUAUAAGAUACAAGUGACAAAGUCGCGCGCAAAGUGGUUAGUAUAGUUCAGGACGUCGCGUCGUGGUGAGUGUAAACGUGUCAGUUCUGCAAUAUGACCAUUCUACGAUGGGGCAUCGUCAGUGCGGGAAAGAUUUCGCAUGAUUUUGUGACAGCACUACGAUCCUUGCCGGCGAAUGAGCACGACAUAGUCGCCGUAGCUGCGCGACAACUAUCGCGUGCGGAAGCUUUUGCGAAGCUACACGAGAUAAAGCUAGCCUAUGAUAAUUAUGAGAAACUGGCCACAAACAAGGAUAUUGACAUCGUAUAUGUCGGUGCGAUCCAUCCUGCUCACUUCGAAAUUUCGAUGAUGAUGCUGAAACAUGGCAAGCACAUUUUGUGUGAGAAACCGUUGACAAUGAACCUGAAACAAACCACCGAACUGAUUAAUUACGCGAGGAGUAAGAAACUGUUCCUGAUGGAGGCCGUGUGGAGCCGCUGUUUUCCUGUGUACGACGUUAUCCGGAAGGAACUUGCGUCUGGCAGUAUAGGCGACAUUCAUCAAGUGAUCGUCUCCUUCGGUUUCCAAAUUUCCACACUAGAUCGGAUGGCAAUGAAAGAGCUGGGUGGCGGCACAAUUCUUGAUCUUGGUAUUUAUUGUUUGCAAUUCGCCUGCUUAGUCUACAAUGAAAUGCCGGAAAGCAUUAAAGCGACCGGAUUCUUAAAUGAGAAUAACGUCGACAUGUCCAUGUCGGCUACCUUGACUUAUAAGGGAAGUCGCACCGCGACCAUAAUGACAAGCGCGCUGGUAAACCUGCCGAAUGAGGCGUAUAUCUGUGGUACCAAGGGUAUAAUAAAAGUACCACAAUUUUGGUGCCCACCGAAGGUGGAACUACCGAACAACACGGUGACGAUGCCGCUGCCGAAAUUAAAGCACGAAGUUAACUUCAUCAAUUCUGCUGGGCUCUCGUAUGAAGCUGCUGAAGCUCGCGACUGUAUUCUAAAAGGCUUGAUAGAAAGUCCGAAGGUAACGCACGAAACAUCUUUAUUACUGGCGAAGCUGGAAGAUGAACUGCGUAGACAAUUAAAUGUAAAAUAUGUUGAAGAUGAUUGAAGAACUACAUGUGUAUUUUAUGAAUACUAAAACAACACAAGCACAUGUUUUGCACGUGCCAUUCAAUGUUUAUGUUUACAUUACUUUAAAUUAGAUUUAACAGCAUCUUAAGUUUUUAAAAUAUCUAAUUACAGUUAUUCCUUAAAAAAUGUUAAUACUUGUACUAAUUAUUUCUUCCGCUUGGUUUACUUUGGGCUAACAUUAUGAUAUAUGUUAUUCAGUAAAUUUUAUAUUUAAUAAAUAGUAUACACAUCUUAUAAAAAGAA